ACAAACGAAAAUUAGCGCGCGCCACGCGCCGUCUACCGGAAUAAUCUGUAGAAAAAAAACCGAGAUUAGCGGGCAGUUUUUGCCGGGAACCAUUGCACAUGCUUUGUGCUGCCCUGCAACCCUUUAAUUUGCCAUUAAAAGUCGCCUAGGAGCGACUAAUAACACUUUUAAUCAUGUUGGAACAGAACCCGGAGUUAGGCGAUCCCGUCGAAGAAGAGGACGAGGAAAGCCCGGAGAGCACCAAAGAGUCGACACCAGAUGAGGAGGACACGCUUACGGGAAAGAGGGACGAGGCGGACUAUGAUAGCAAACUGGAUUUGGACAGAGGCAACAGAUUCGACUACCUCCUGCAACAGACCGAGAUCUUCGCACAUUUUAUGACCACAAGCAGCGCCGCCAAGGGCGUCACGUCGCCACUCAAACUGAAGCCUGGGCGGCCCAAACUGAAGAAGAAUGACGAAAAGGCGAAACUGGCCGCCAUUGGAGACCUGCGUCACCGCAUGACAGAGCAAGAGGAAGACGAAGAGCUUCUGUCGGACAGCCGCCGCAAGGAGAUUGUGGUUACCCGCUUUGAGGAGUCUCCCUCGUACAUCAAGGGGGGAGAGCUGAGGGACUACCAGGUGCGCGGCCUCAACUGGAUGAUCUCGCUCUACGAGCACGGGAUCAACGGCAUCCUCGCCGACGAGAUGGGUCUGGGCAAGACCCUGCAGACCAUCUCCCUGCUGGGCUACAUGAAGCACCACCGCAACAUCAACGGCCCCCACAUGGUCAUUGUGCCCAAGUCGACCCUGGCCAACUGGAUGAGCGAGUUCGAGCGAUGGUGCCCCUCCCUCCGCGCCGUCUGCCUCAUUGGAGAUCAAGAGACCAGGGCGGCGCUCAUCCGCGACACCCUGAUGCCUGGCGAGUGGGACGUCUGCGUCACCUCGUACGAGAUGGUCAUCCGGGAGAAGGCGGUGCUCAAGAAGUUCAACUGGCGCUACCUGGUCAUUGACGAGGCCCACCGCAUCAAGAACGAGAAGUCCAAGCUUUCAGAGAUCGUGCGGGAGUUCAAGACCACGAACCGUCUGCUCCUGACGGGUACUCCGCUGCAGAACAACCUCCACGAGUUGUGGGCACUCCUCAACUUCCUGCUGCCCGACGUCUUCAACUCGUCCGAGGACUUUGACUCGUGGUUCAACACCAGCAACUGCCUGGGUGACAACCACCUGGUGGAGCGGCUGCAUGCGGUGCUGCGGCCCUUCCUGCUGCGUCGCCUCAAGUCUGAGGUGGAGAAGAAGCUGCUCCCCAAGAAGGAGGUGAAGGUGUACGUGGGGCUCUCCAAGAUGCAGCGGGAGUGGUACACCAAGUGCCUCCUCAAGGACAUUGACGUGGUCAACGGUGCGGGCAAGGUGGACAAGAUGCGCCUGCUCAACAUCCUCAUGCAGCUGAGAAAGUGCUGCAACCACCCGUACCUCUUCGAUGGAGCCGAGCCAGGGCCGCCUUACACGACGGACGAGCACAUUGUGUACAACUGCGGCAAGAUGGUGAUCCUGGACAAGCUGCUGCCCAAGCUCAAGGCCCAGGGUUCCCGGGUGCUCGUGUUCUCACAGAUGACGCGCAUGCUGGACAUCCUCGAGGACUACUGCCUGUGGCGGCGCUACGGCUACUGCCGCCUCGACGGGCAGACGCCCCACGAAGAACGAACGCUUUCCAUCAAUGAGUUCAACCGACCCGGAAGUGAGAAGUUCCUGUUCAUGCUGUCGACGCGUGCGGGAGGUCUUGGCAUCAACCUGGCCACCGCCGACGUUGUUAUCCUCUUCGACUCUGACUGGAAUCCCCAAGUGGACCUGCAGGCAAUGGACAGGGCUCAUCGGAUUGGACAGACCAAGGCAGUGCGGGUGUUCCGUCUCAUAACGGAGAACACCGUCGAGGAACGCAUUGUGGAGAGGGCAGAAGUCAAGCUACGGCUGGACACCGUUGUCAUCCAGCAAGGGCGCCUGGUGGACGCCCAGGCGAAGCUGGGCAAGGAGGAGAUGCUGGGUAUGAUCCGGCACGGGGCGGACCACAUCUUCGCCUCCAAGGACAGCGAGAUCACGGACGAGGACAUAGACGCCAUCCUGGAGAAAGGGGAGCGCAAGACGGAGGAACUCAAGACCAAGCUCGAGUCUCUCGGGGAGGGCUCCCUGCGCAACUUCACCCUCGACACCCCGCAGGAGUCCGUCUACAAGUUUGAGGGCCAGGACUACCGAGAGAAGCAGAAGAGUGGCGGGCUGAAUUGGAUCGAACCGCCCAAGCGGGAGCGCAAGGCCAACUAUGCGGUUGACGCGUAUUUCAGGGAGGCCCUGCGUGUCAGCGAACCAAAAGCCCCCAAGGCACCCAGACCGCCCAAGCAGCCGAACAUCCAGGACUUCCAGUUCUUUCCACCGAGGCUGUUUGAACUGCUCGACAAGGAGAUCUACUACUACCGCAAGACCAUUGGCUACAAGGUCCCGAAGAAUCCCGACCUUGGCUCGGAUGCCAGCCGCAUUCAGCGAGAAGAGCAGGCGAAGAUAGACGAGUCGGAGCCACUCACCGAGGAGGAGCUCUCGGAGAAGGAGAAACUGCUGACCGAGGGUUUCACAAACUGGGCUCGCCGAGACUUCAACCAGUUCAUCAAGGCCAACGAGAAGUACGGCCGCGACGACAUCGAGAGCAUUGCACGGGACGUUGAGGGAAAGACGCCAGAAGAGGUGAUGGAAUACUCGGCGGUGUUCUGGGAACGCUGCCACGAGCUGCAGGACAUCGAGCGGCUGAUGGCGCAGAUUGAGAAGGGGGAGGCACGCAUCCAGCGCCGGGCGUCCAUCAAGCGCGCCCUGGACGCCAAGAUGGCGCGCUACCGGGCCCCGUUCCACCAGCUGCGCAUUGCCUACGGCACCAACAAGGGCAAGAACUACACGGAGGAGGAGGACCGCUUCCUCGUCUGCAUGCUGCACAAGCUGGGCUUUGACCGGGAGAAUGUGUACGACGAGCUGCGGGCCGCCAUCCGCCAGGCGCCCCAGUUCCGCUUCGACUGGUUCAUCAAAUCGCGCACUGCCGCUGAGCUCCAACGUCGCUGCAACACGCUCAUCACUCUCAUAGAGCGGGAGAACCAGGAACUUGAGGAGAAGGAGAAGGCGGAGCGCAAGCGCAGGGGCGGUGGACGUCCAAGCACUCCCAAGGGGAAGCGCAAGAUGGACGGAAUGCCCGAAGGCCGCAAGAAGAAGCGGAAAACUCAGUGAGCGAAACGAAGGCUUUGAGACGUGCGUCUGCUUUCGUGGCGGCGAAAACGGCGACGUGCACACGACUCCAAGACAAGAUUGAGAGGGCAUGCGCACGCGCGCGUGCAAGUCGAAGAAGAGGUUUUGUCUGCACUCUGUUCACUACUUCCAUUUUGUCAUCGUAGCCCGCAUACCGUGGUCCCCGAUAUCGAGAUACAUAACUCCUCCGGUUUUUGUUUUAGUGCAACUAUUUAUUUUUCAUUUGUUUUCCAACGAGACUUACGACGAGAUGAGACAAGGCAACAACGCAAAACGAUCCAUUCCUAUUUGCCAGUGCUGUCACAAUAAAUGUGUAUGUGUUAAAGGAA